GAGAAGAAAGAGACAGUGACAGAGGGAGAAUCUAUCACUCUACACGCUGGUCUUACUGGAACACAGGGAGAUGUUACGAUGAAGUGGUGCUAUGAAACUGAAGACAAUCUCAUUGCUGAAAUUAAAAGAGGGACCAAAAGGACACAGGAGGGUGGUGAUGGGAGAUUCAGGAGCAAACUGAGGCUGGAUGACAAGACUGGAGAUCUCACUAUCAGUAACAUCAGGACCAUUCACUCUGGACUCUUUAAACUCAAGAUCAGCAGCAGAGCCAGAAAAACCAUCUACAAGAGAUUCAUUGUUACCGUCAAUGUGAAGUCAUUGUCAGCGACGGCAGGAGGUUCUGUCACUCUCCAGACUAAUGCUAAAAUACAGAGCGAUGACCUGAUACUGUGGACGCUUGGAGCUGAAAACGUUCUCGUUGUUAAAAAAGAUUCAGGAACAACUACUGUUAAUGAGAGAUUCAGAGGCAGACUUAGGUUGGGCAAGACGACUGCAUCUCUGACCAUCACAAACCUCACAAAUACAGACUCUGGACAUUUUAAACUGCAGAUCAUCAACACUAAAAAGACCACAUUCAGGAGAAUCAACGUGACUGUCACCGGUUCCACAGGAAACCAAGUGAGUGAAUUAGAGACGGCAGUAAUGCUGCUGUCGGACGAUGUGGAUGGAGUGAAUGAGCAGGAAGAGACAUGGUCACUUCAAUGAAAUAAGACAUGCCCACCAGUGCGCCAACACUGUGACAUCAACAUUUGACCUCAACAAAUUUCUGCUUUUAUGAAAGUGAGAAACUUUUACUCUUAACACUCAGGAUGCAUGACACUUUCCCAUGAUCUGUAGUGCUGCAAUUACCAACCACUGGUAUUGGGAAAGUUUUUGAUUCUCCAAAAACAGUGCACAGUUCUUAAAAGAACCUGUUUUUAUUAAUGUGAAGAAUACUUUAUAGGGGUCA